AUGGUUAGAACAAAUAUCGAAAGAGCAUACCGUAAAUGUUGUCGUGAAAUUGAAGGCAGUGUAACUCAUCUGGAGAGGCACGGAAAAACAGAUAAACAUAUUAAAAAUGUUAAUUCAGAAAAUAAAAGUGGAAACCUGACCAACCUUUUGCAGCCUACAACUUUUUCUGUUCAUAUUACGAAUGUAGCAGCUGUGGAGCUUAAGCUUUGUUCUUUCAUUGCAGAACGUAACUUACCAGUGAGACUUAUGGAUCAUUUACCUAGACUAAUUCAGUAUGCAUGUCCUGAUUCUAAAAUAACUAAAGAUAUUAAAUGUUUUUUCUCUGUUGAAAGGUUCUUCACCUUACAUGAUAUUCCUUUUGAAAUUUUGAUAGGACUUACCGGUGACAAUGCUAGUGUAAUAAUGGGACAGAAGGGAGGUGUGCAGGCACGGCUGAAGAAUGAAGUCCCCUCUCUCUUUAUUCAGGGUUGUGCUUGUCACUCUAUGUAUAUCUGUGCAUCAAAGGCAUGUUCAGAAUUACCUUCAUAUUUAGAAGAACUUGCUAGAAGCAUACGUUCAUUCCUUGCAAAUAGCCCAAAGAGACUACAGGAAUAUGAAGAAUUCCAGGCAUUUACUCAAAUAAAUCCUUAUCAAUUAUUACAUAUAAGUUGUACAAAGUAG